AUGUCAACAUCGUCUUAUUUCUCUCAAAUAUUUCCUGGUUCAACUUAUUUUGAAAGUGAAUAUGAUGGAAUAAAUGAUUCAUUAACUAUUUCUUCAAAACGAUCUGUAAGACAAUGUUCACCAUCUCCACUUAUAUUUCGAUCAUCACAAUUACCAUCACCAAUUUUAUUUCUACGAUUAUCAUCAAUAUCAAAAACAACUGGUUCACUUAGUUCAUAUUAUUCAGCUCCUCAUCUUCAUCUAUCUCUUUAUCGUAUACAAAACAAAUAA